CACAUACAACACCAAAAAUAAUGCAAUUUAUAUAAGUACUUAAAAAUAAUGAUGGGUGUGUAAAGAAGAAAUUGCUUCACUAAAUCAAGUAAAGAAUACAUAUGUACCUUUUUCAUGUGUUUUGUUUGGUAUUUUGCAAUGAGACAAGGUGUAAAUAUGACUCAAACUAACCAUCAAAAGUUACAAACAUAUCGCAAGGUGUUCACCGGAGCUUUAAUUAAACAUCGAAGUACAUAUCUGUCUGAUGUGGACCAAAUUGCAGCCAUACAACUCUCGCUUCUCUUACUACAAAAAUCAAUUUACAAAGAUGUACUAUCACCAGAAAAACUCUUUUCACUACAGAAGAAAAUAUCACAAAGAAAGUAUAGACAGGCUGGAUUAUCAAUGGUAACAACAGAAUAUUCACCGAUGCCACUAGAAAUGUUUACAUUCAAUGAUAUUUUUGAAGCUUAUACAGAUUUUACGAAACAAUGCAAUAUGUUAGACAAGACAGAUGUUGAUAUUUAUUUAAGAAACUUGAAGGAAGAAAACUGUACUUCUUUACCUGUUCAAAAGGCUGGCGAAUUUUUGCCUACGUCAGAAGUCAUUGGUAUUCCAUGCCAAUCACCAGCUAUUCCUGCUCAGCUGCACCUUCAAAGAAUCGUUGUGGGGUAUUUUCAGUUAAUUGUAAAUACACGCGAUGAGAUUGCACUGGCUCGUGUCAUUGACGCGCCGACACGUGGUGUUGACCAUAGAGCUUUCACAGAAAUCCGCAAAUUGUCGCACACCAAAGGAAUGCCGAUGUAUCAGGUCGUGUCGUCAUUCGUACGUCAAGUCAAUCUCGCCGGUAAGGGGUACGCGCCCAGCGAGGGUCACGUGUUGUUUCAACAUAGAACGGCAUUACAAGAAUUUAUGGAGCUAAUGGACAAGCUGCAAACGGUAGUUGACGAAGCUGAAAAUUUCCUUGCAGCUUUCCAGCAAAUGCUCAAAGUCUUAAAAACUGCUUUCAUACGUGCCAAAAAUCCAGUUUUCAAAUCUAACGUCGUUUCCAUGGUGAUGCAAGAUUUGGCUGGCAAAUUUAAGGGAUAUAUAAAAGACCUGGAAUCACAACAAGAGAUCAUUUUGGACUUACGCAGUUUUCUUGAUUAUAUGAGCUGUAUUACCGGCAACGAUAUUGGCGUGCACUCUUCUCAACUGUGCGGGGUGCUUUCCACUCCACACGAAAGUAACAUGAUCUUUAAGAAAAUAUCAAGUCUUGCAACACAAUUUAAGACACCUGAAAUUACAGACGAGACUCCUAGGAAGCCCAAAGUGUUGAAAGAGAUCACCACUCCCUCUAAUUUACGACGUAUCGACGAAUUGAGACAAACACCGACAACGUCCAAUGUUGAGAAAGAAACUGUUGAUCCAUUAUCCCCCGACGUUGACAUUAAAUUAAUCCGCUGCUGUGAUAACUUCGACGAUGCGGAGAAAACAAAAACAAACGUUGGCAAGGAAGAAAAGAUCAGUGCACCAUCGAAUGGAAUGAAACGAAAAGCCGAAAGAAUGCAACCGAAAGUCAGGGGAAAAAAUGACAAGGUUAAAAAGAAAUUAAGACUUCCACCUGGACAAAAAACACUAGCGCAGUAUUUUUCAUGAAUGAAAAACGUGUAAAUAACGGAA